CUUUAUUCCAACUAUAGCACUCGCUAUCUGCGAUCUGCUACCCAGACAUCAAUCAGCUACCAGCCGCUAUAUGCUAUUUAUUACCUUGCUUUGCAUAGAGAUCUAAUACAAAAUCAACCAAUAGAAAGAAACAAACAUGAAAUUAAAAAGAAACGUUCCCACUCGCACUUGUGUCCCAGCCUGAAAUACCGGAAAAUUUUGUAUGCUCCACAAUGCAUGCUUGAAACCCUGGUUGGACUGACCUUCAAAAAAGUGGCGAGCAUCUAUUCCUUCCCAUCCAAAACGUUUCCAGCAGGCCUCAGCGCUACAAUUAAAUAUUGCCAUCACUGCCUGCCCUUCCCCACACGAGCUCACGCAGUGAAAGCAAGGCAACAUGUCGUCGUUGACCACCCGAGGUCACACUACUUCGUUCUGUUAGUCGUAUUUGGGGUGCCCCAGCCAGGGUGGUACAGGGUUUAUUACAGCAUUAAUAAUAUUCAAGAGUUAGUAACUGCUCUGACCCAAGACCAUCCGGUGGUGCUGAUGUUCUGGGCGGACUGGAACCAAGCAAGCAAUGUCAUGAAGCGACCGUACUUUAAUAUGGCCGUUGCUAAAAAGGAUGAGGCCGUAUUCUGCCGGCUGGACUUCGACAAGUUUAAAGAUGUUGUAGAGAAGUUCAGAGUGAAGUAUCUGCCAACGUUCGUGCUGAUCAAGGAGGGCGAGGAGCAGCGCAGGGUCGUUGGCGCCAAGGUGGAGGAGCUCAACACGACUAUCAAGAACAACAUCUGAUGCGACCCAUGCAUCCAGAAUAAAGGCAUACACGUACCCAGGAUGUACAACUACCUCAUUCACCGCAGUAACGGGGGUGCAUGUGCGAAUCGAUCGACCGUGUCUUAUACUCCGUCCGUCCUAAAUUAAGUCUGUUACCUGUGUAUCCAUUAUAAAAGAUGCAUGUUACCAGUGUGCCAUCGAAUUUUUGAAAAUUUUCUCUAUAACAUUGUUCUAAAUUUCUUUUA